AUGAUUAAUUCAACUCAUGCGGAUCCAAAUGACACAAAUCUACCCAUUUCCAUUACAGUUUGGAAUUUGCCAUUAUACGCCGUCAUAGUCAGCGUCAUCUACCUGUCAUUAGAUGUUGUGUUUGGAUUGCUUACAAACACUCUGUUGAUUGUGAUUAUUUAUCAUUCUCCCAGCCUUCGAACGCCACCUAACAGCCAUCUUGUGAAUAUCAGCAUCAACAAUAUUCUGUUAUGCGUUUGUAUUUUGUUUUCAUUGACCACUGUCAGCGCAAGACCAGCCGAUUCGAUCAACAGUCGAAUUUUGACAGGUGUUCAGCUUUUCCUAACAUCCGUCUGCUCAAUGCAGUAUCUAUGUACGUUUGCUUCAAUUGGAUUCUAUAGAAACCACACAAUGCAGAAGCCAUCACUAACGUUGAAAGUAAGACGAACAAUUGUGUCAAGGUCAAUAAUCAUUAGCCUGAUGAUAACGUAUUUACUCGGGCUCGUUUUUACGCUUGCCUUUCUGCGUGAUGAUAAUCAAGCAGCUUCGACAUUAAACCCGUUUCAGAGAAGGUUUCAGGUAAGCGCCGUGCCGUCUGCUGUAUAUCUGACUGCAGACCAGCUUUGCGCUCUGGGAUUCAUUAGCAUAGUAUAUACUGUUGGGUUGAUAAUUAUAUUUCGAUGUUACUAUAAUAUUUGUCGCACUCUUAACAUCACUGGUACUAUUGGAAGGAAUAGGAUUUUACCUUUAAAUAGAAAUUUCAGUUUGUCAUCUGACGCUACAGGCGAUUGCAACAUGCACACCAGAACGGCGUAUGCCCCCGACGACCCCGACAGCUUUGGACGACCAUAUUCCAUAUCGUGUGAUGAUUUGGAUAGUUCUGUGGUAGUUCAUUACAAACGGAAUGAACAUUUGUUGGCCUUUGAAGAUAUAUUUGCCUUAGAAAAUCCUAUUCUUGCCUCAAAUCUAAGAAAUCAAAUGAAUCAGAAGCUUCCUCUGCAUCCUUCACUUAGUAAUUCUAGUUCGAAUUCAACUAGAUCGAGAUUUCCCGAUUUCGCUGACAUUUCUCCUGGUGCUGACUUACAGCGUCUUCAAGCUCUCAAAAAUAACUCUGCAUUAAAGAAACAGACGUUACGCAGGGAUAGGUUAAGUCUUAGUAGUGCUACAAAGAACAGCAUGAUUAUGCUGACAGCCUACAUCAGUUGUACGUUUCCAUUGCUCUUCUGCAGUAUACCCGGGAUCUUGAAUGGUGUGGGAGCAAACCGUGUAAUUGUGUUAUUGUUUUUCAGGUUGUUGUUUUAUCUCAAUGUAUGUAUAUAUCCGUUAUGGUAUUUACUGUUUAGUAAGCGUGUCAGAAAAUGUAUGUUUCGCCUGUUUGAGAAUGUACUUAUUUGUCUCAAAGUGAGACGAUAGAGAAGAACACAUGUGGUUUUAUUGCAUGGAAACAAUUUUUGUAUCAUUGUGUUUGAUGUUUACAGUUUACCUUGCCUACGGUUUUAUUGUUGAUACAAUGUAAACGUACAUAUUUUAGCGAAAGACUUACGCUUUUCACAAUUGAACUUACAGUAUAUUUUUUCAAGUGAAUAUUUUGUGGCAAAUUCAUCGAUUCGCUAUCCGUUAAAAUUCGUUAAUGCACUCAAAUUUGAUUGCGCUAAAAUAAACAUAUUUAUUGAAAUUUUGAUAUUGUCCUGGUAAAAUUGAAAAACACAAAUUUGCAUAUAAAAUGGCAGCGGUAUGAUAAAUUUCACAAACAAUGAAAAAUAAAAACAAUAAUGCUCUGAAAUCGAUGUACGUUACACACAUAUUUGCCCUUACUGUAGGGAAACAAGAUACUUUGUUUCUCCGAGGUUUAUCGAGGAGAAACAAAGAAUCAUGCUUUCCUACUGCAAGGGCAAUGUAUAUUUUAUUAUGCCAAAAAAUAAAUCAAUCAAAACCAUUAUCACAAUAGUAGAGCUGAUCAUGUUAAUGAGCUAUUGUUGUCGUCUGCUUCCGUCAUUCAGAACUAGGUUGUGGUGGCUCUUGCUCCAAAUAAGGGAAAAUAUGAUCGAGGAAACUUGAGCGCGUAAGGCCGACUUGGUGUUUCAUCCAAUCAGACACGCUGUUAUAUAGAUGAGGUAUAAUGAUAUGUUUGUUCAUUAUCACAAUUUACACACAGUGACGUUCAUAUGGCCUGCUUAUUAUUUGGCAAUACGGAAUAUAACAAGAAUUAGUUGCGGGUAAUUUCUUCGGUAGUUUUCACUUGUAAACUAGUUCAUUGAUGCAAAUG